AUGGCUGGUCUGCCAAGGGGUCAGAUGGAGGGCACAAGCGAGCCUUCCAAUCUGCCUAAACUUUCUCCUACGGUUGCUCCCCAAGCAUCAAAUCCUCCAACUCUUCCGAAUACUCCUCUUCCUUUGGCACCUGGCAUACCAAUACCUCCAAGUGUCUCCAUGACUGCAGGUGCUAACCCAACCACCAGCCCUCACCACGCUACGACUUCAGAAGCUGACAAAGAAAUACCACGUCCCUUGGAAACACCUCAAAUCCCACACACUCUUGAGGCUAAAGAUUCAAGUGCCAUUGGUAGUAACCAAACUCCCAUUACACCCGUCGCUUCAGCUGUCCCAAGCACCCAUCUCAUGGACGCUCCUGCGAUCAACUUUAACGAGAUUACAAAAUGUAAGCUAGCACCUGCAAGAUCCACCUACAGCGAAGGUAGAAGAGUAUUUGUCGAUCCUGAACUCCCCAACAGGCUGACUAAUCUCAAGGAUACUCUCAGGUACCCCAUGAGGACAAAGCUUCGAACUGGACCGGGAAAAGGCCAGGUACUUGCCAACUACUUUGAACUUCUGAUUGAUCCGAAAGCGAUACUCAUAGAGUAUCAGAUACAUGGCAUACCAGAUUCUGAACCUAGUAUGGGCAAAAGUCGUUACAUGAACACUGCGAUUCAACCAGUACCAUUUCUGAACAACAACCAAAACGUCUUUUUGGGACAACCUACAUCAUUCUACGUGCGCGAUUCUUUCCAAGAUCUUCGUACUAGGGAGCAGCAUGCCAUAGCACCACUUCGAUCAAUGCGUGGCUACUCUUACAGAAUUCACCCAACCAUAGGGAAAGUUCUCCUCAACAUUAGUCCAGCCAACAGCGCGUUUUGGAGGCCUUUCCUUGUUCAUGAAGUCCUUCGCAAUGGAAACGGGUCUUUUGGUGGACUUAUUGAAGGUGGUCAGAGAGCACUCAAGAAUAUUAGAGUCUACAUCACUUACGAUCGCGAUAACAAGGACGGGAGGUGCAAGAACCCCAAGUUUAAGGAUGCAGUGUGUGGAACCGGAACAUCUAAGAGCAAGAUGAGUAAGCGGAGUCUAGACGUUCAGCAUGCGAGAGUCAAAAAAAUCCGCGGCUUUGGAAAAGAAUGUAAAUUUCAAGACUUCCUGUGGGAGCACAGAGACGCGUCUGGCAACGUCAUUACAGGCGAUACUGUAACUGUCACAGUGAAACAGUAUCAAAGAUUGCAGUAUGGACGAACACUUCGUCACGGUGAACUGUCUGCAGUGAAUAUCAUCACGGGCCUAGCAACCCUCCUCCAAACUCACUUCAAUGACUGGUACAAAUUUCAUGAUAGAUUCCCCGAGAACGUACUGUAUUAUCGCGACGGCGUCAGCACCUCUCAGUUCGAUGAUGUCAAUGCUACAGAGGUUGCAGGCAUCCAGGCAGCCUUUGAAAAUUUAGUCAAGAGCAAGAAGAAGGAUAACACAGAAGUACAGAAACUGAAGAUUACCGCUGUCAUCGUGAAUAAACGACACGGUACUCGAUUUUUUCCUCUCCGAGAGAUCGAUGCCAUGACUAGGAACAACAAUUGCAAACCUGGACUCCUCGUUGAAAGCUCAAUCACCUCACCGUACAACACGGAAAACGGGAUCAAAGGUACUGCGCGCUCUGCCCAUUACACAGUGAUCAAGAAUGACAUGCAAAUGACCACUGAGCAAUUAGAAGACCUGGCAAGCGUAUCAUACGCCUUACCCGCCUACUACGCCGACCGUCUCUGCGAACGAGGUCGCUGCUAUCUCCGCGAGUGGUACAACCCUGACAACAACAAGCGACAAGAAUAUAAUAACCAACUCCGCGCUGUAGAGCGAAUCGUGGAACAAAACCGCAAUAACAAGAACGCGCACAACUCAUCUCGUCAAACAGACGAGAAGAAGUCUGCUGCCGAAACAAACGACGAUGAAGAUGAUCUGGAAAUUGUGGCAAGGCGCAUGGAAUCUUGGCUCAUGCCGAACAUCGUAAAAAGGUGGGACCGUGAUAUGGACCCUGUUGUCAACAACCCUGCGGGGAAGAGAAGGUGGAAGCAUCGAGAAAUUACUAUGUACUGGAUGUGA